AAUAAUAAUAAUAACUUGCAAUUAGUGAAGUGCAAUAUUAAAAAAAAAAAAAAAAUAAAAGUUAAGUGAUAAAAAUAAUCAAGACGUCUCGCAGAAAAAUAACAAACUCUUCAGCCGCGGAAGAAAGUGACGGCCGCGGUGGCGAACUAGGGUUAAUCGAAAGGGAGAAAAAAGGUCACUCGAGGCCGGUUCCUUAUGUCCCUACUGCAGCCUCCGCGGUAGAGACAACGGCCGCGGAACAAGUUACUCUCGAGGUCGACGAGGUCAAGAUGGAAGCAGAGGACCACUUAGCAAGGGAAUACGUCCAGGAAUUUGUCCUCGAUCAUCUCGAUCCCGCCGACGUUAAGCACGAGGUACGACUUAGCUCGCCGGCGAUGAUGGUGAACGGUAGCAUCGCGGGCCAGAUCGCGGGUCUCGCGUUGGCACCACUAACUCCCCCAGCUCACGAGCUGGAGCAACCGCAUCCGCUGUACGGACAGCCGCAUAUUCAAGUUCAACACGGGGUUCUGGUGAAAGCUCCGCCAGGAGCAGCAACGCAUCUUACAACUCUCUCUCACCCUGGAACUCCGCCGGAUACUCCUCCAGUUUCGGCUUCUCCUCCCCUGCAGCACCACCACCGCGGAAAUGAUCGCGAUCUGAGGAACGAAAAAACGGGGUUCCUUUUGAACCUCCAACAGCAGCAACAUCAAAUGCCUCAGGAUGCUGAGAUGCAUCAGAUGAACGGCGGGAUGGGAUGGCUUACUCAGUCCCUCAGGCAAGAGCCUCUAGAUUUGAGGCCUCACUGUCCCCAAGAACAAACUCCUGAACCUCCUCCUGAGAGCUGGUCUUCCAGUCAUCAUCAUUUUCAGGAGCUUCAGCAUCUUCCCAGGCAUAUCAGGCAUGCAGCUCCAUAUAUCACAAUGUCAGACUGCUACGGCCCAGGAUCAGGAGGAGGAAACGGAAUUUUGCCUCCAAGCAACGGAAUCCUAAACGGAAUGGACGACAGCAUGCACACAAUGUCAAUGCAGCCUGGAAGGCCUUUAAGUGUCUGUUCUGCAAAUUCUUGCGGACCUGGCGGGCCGAGUCCAGUACACCGUUCCAGCGGGCACUACCUGAACUGCAACAGCAGCAGCUCCCAGGACGACCUGAUGAACGACGAAGUCCUGAUGUCCUUGUCCGUCCGCGAGCUCAAUAAGCGACUUCACGGCUGCCCUCGGGAGGAGGUGAGUAAGAUCGUGCGAUUGAAGCAGAAGCGACGGACCCUUAAAAACCGCGGAUACGCGCAGAACUGCCGAAGCAAGCGACUUCAGCAGCGUCACGACCUGGAGACCACUAACGGGAACCUCAAGAUAGAACUUCAGGAGAUAAAGAUUAAAAACGCCCAAUUGACGCAAGAACGCGACAUGUACAAGCAGAGGUACGAAAUUCUCCGCGCGAGGUGCAACCAAAACCACGGGAGCCAUCAGAACCAUCAGAACAGCCAAUCACAGACCAACGGACAGAUUAACCAGCAGCACCAGCACCAGGGACCAGGACACCACCAUCAGCCGGGGCCCGCCAGCCCCGAAGUUUAUCUGUGACAUCGGAGACGCGGCGGGGCUGCCUGGACUUAAUUUUUAGGGUAAUUGAUUUAUAUUAAUAUUAAUUAUUAAUUUUAUAGAUAAGUUUAUAAAGUGAUGGGGUAGAACCUUGCGGAUUAAGUGCAAUCGAUAUAUUUUUUUUUUACAUUUCAUUAUAUACAUAUUAAUAUGUUGUAAGGUUUUAGCGAUAGGAAAAUUUAAUUGGUGCGUUAUGUAUUUAAUGUGGUUAUUUUUAUGCUUAGGUUUUUUAUUUGUAAUGGAAUUAUUGUAAUUAUUAUUGUGAAUGGAGGGUAGAACGGCAAAUGGUUUUUUCGAAAAUUUGGUUCUUUUGGAAAUUUCGACUAUUAAGUUUGAGUUUUAAGGAUAAAGAGCCAUCAAGGAAAAAAGAAAAAUUGAGAAAUUAUAUUAUAAAUCGUAAUAAGUCGGCUGUUCGAUUUUAAAACACAGUAACUGACAAUU